GGCCUCUCCUGGUCCGAUCCCGCCUCCAGCCCCAACCCAGAUCCCGACCCCUCCCUACGUUCUCAGCCCAUUUCCUCAGCAGCUGUUCUCGUCCCGCCCCUUGGUGCCGCGUAGCGGAAAAAGCCCGCGGUGGGCCUCUCUGGCCGCUUGGAGGACUUGUCGUCUCUGCCCCGCAGCGCUGGACGGUGUCUGACGCGAGGCCUGAGGAGCGCUGCGUGUUUUGGCGAUGCAGCGGCCGGAGGUGUGGAGGCUCAUGUCUAGGUUUAAUUCAUUCAAAAGAACUCAUAACGUACUUCAACAUUUGAGUAUGUCCAACCACACAGCUGCAGCAGAAGAGGUACUAUUGGAAAGAAAAGGUUGUGCAGGAGUGAUAACACUAAACAGACCAAAGUUUCUAAAUGCACUGACUCUUAAUAUGAUUCGGCAAAUUUAUCCACAGUUAAAGAAGUGGGAGCAAGAUCCUGAAACUUUCCUGAUCAUUAUAAAGGGAGCUGGAGGAAAAGCUUUCUGUGCUGGGGGUGAUAUCCGAGAGAUCUCAGAAGCAAAAAAGGCAAAACAGAAGCUACCUCAAGAUCUCUUUAGAGAAGAAUAUAUACUGAACAAUGCCAUUGAUUCCUGUCGGAAACCGUAUGUUGCCUUUAUUCAUGGAAUUACAAUGGGUGGAGGAGUUGGUCUUUCAGUACAUGGGCAAUUCCGAGUGGCUACCGAAAAGACUCUUUUUGCAAUGCCGGAAACAUCAAUAGGACUAUUCCCCGAUGUGGGUGGAGGUUAUUUUUUGCCACGGCUGCAAGGAAAACUUGGUUACUUUCUUGGGUUAACAGGAUUUAGACUAAAAGGAAGAGAUGUGCACAGAGCAGGAAUUGCUACACACUUUGUAGAUUCUGAAAAGCUGGGCUCAUUAGAAGAAGAUUUGUUGGCCCUGAAGUCUCCUUCAAAAGAAAAGAUUGCAGAUGUCUUGGAAACUUAUCAUACAAAGUCCAAGACUGAUCAAGACAAAUCUUUCAUACUUGAGGAACACAUGGACAAAAUAAACAGUUGGUUUUCAGCCAAUACCAUGGAACAGAUUAUUGAGAAUUUACAGCAAGAUGGUUCAUCUUUUGCCCUAGAGCAGUUGAAGGUAAUUAAUAAAAUGUCUCCAACAUCCCUGAAGAUCACAUUAAGGCAACUCAUGGAGGGAUCUUCAAAAUCCUUGCAAGAAGUGUUCACUAUGGAAUAUCGGCUAAGUCAAGCUUGUAUGGGAGGUCAUGACUUUGAUGAAGGUGUUAGAGCAGUUUUAAUAGAUAAAGACCAGAGUCCGAAGUGGAAACCAGCUGAUCUAAAAGAAGUUACAGAUGAAGAUUUGAAUAAUCACUUUAAAUCUCUGGGAAGCAAUGAUCUAAAAUUUUGAGACUCCUCAGAUACUAAGAAAACUUCAGGUUUCUAAGAACACAAAAUGGCAGGACCACAAAAGACAAAGAUUAUCUCCCUUCUCCUAGAUGAGGAAAUUGCAGUCCAAAAGGUAUUACAUUUUCUCAGUUCUUAAUCUAUUGGGAUGAAGCAUCUUCCUUCCAAAGAAUUCAGAGAACAGAUCUGGAAUAAAGAUGGCAUGAUAAUGGACAAUUUACAUUUAUAUUCUUGAAGCAGCAAAAUUAGGUCUGAAAGAUCCAAGAAAUUAUUUGUGUAAGUUGAUUUUUAUUCACUUUUUAUUUGUUAGAAAUGCAGAAAAUGUUGAAUUCCUUUGUAUUAAAAAUUUUUAAAUACCUAAGAUUGAAAAGCAUUUGCUUAUUUUAAAUAAGAACUCACAGCUAGCUAAUUGCAACUGGACUUUAUUGUGCAGUUACAAAAAUGUUUUCACAAAAAUAUAUGGAAAAAAUAUACCAUUUCAUAGCUAAGUCUAAUAAGGAAGAGAAUUUGCUAACACAAUUUGAGUUCUGCAAAUUAAGAUAUAGUGAACCAUUCUUAGCCAAGCCCACAGCUCCAAGGAAGAUUUAUCCUAUUAGUCACACAAAUACAGUAUGAGGACAUUAAGAAAACAAUGUAGUCUUCAGAUUUGUUUUUAAGUUGCUGUUCCAUGACACUAUAUGUUAUAGAGUCUCUAAUUGAUUUCUAAAACUAUGUAAUACAAACGUGUAUCUCCCUCCCAUCUCAUAAAAUGCCAAUGAUAAUUGAAUAAAUGUAUGAGUAUCAUGCUA